AUGGUAUCAAGUUUUCGUGUUUCUGAGCUCCAAGUGUUGUUGGGCUUUGCUGGCUCUAAUAAAAGCGGGCGGAAGCAUGACCUCCUGAUGAGGGCACUGCACUUACUGAAGAGCGGCUGCAGCCCGGCAGUUCAGAUAAAAAUCCGAGAACUCUAUAGGCGACGGUACCCAAGGACAGUCGAAGGACUCUCGGACUUAUCGCCGAUAAAACCUGCGGUUUUCAAUUUGGACAGUAGCCCCUCUCCCGUGGAGUCGGACUUGACCCUUGCCAGAAUUUUCCCGUCCACGUCGAUCAACCCUCAGUCUCCCUCGUCGCCCGUCAGUUCGGUGCUUCUCCAGGACACUAAGCCGCACUUUGAGAUGCAGCAGCCAUCCCCUCCCAUUCCGCCUGUUCAUCCCGAUGUCCAGCUGAAAAGCCUGCCUUUUUACGAUGUGCUUGAUGUGCUCAUCAAACCUACAAGCCUAGUACAGAGCGGUAUUCAGAGGUUCCAAGAGAAGUUUUUUAUCUUUGCUUUAACACCUCAGCAGGUCAGAGAAAUCUGUAUUUCCAGGGACUUCUUGCCAGGAGGCAGGAGGGAUUACACAGUCCAAGUUCAGCUAAGGUUAUGCCUAGCAGAAACAAGCUGCCCUCAAGAAGAUAAUUAUCCUAAUAGUUUGUGUAUUAAAGUAAAUGGGAAGCUGUUUCCAUUGCCGGGAUAUGCUCCACCGCCAAAAAAUGGGAUUGAACAGAAGCGACCUGGGCGCCCCUUGAACAUAACAUCUCUAGUGAGGUUGUCGUCUGCGGUACCAAACCAGAUUUCUAUUUCCUGGGCUUCUGAAAUUGGAAAGAAUUACUCCAUGUCUGUGUAUCUCGUUCGUCAGCUUACUUCAGCUAUGCUUUUGCAGAGGUUAAAAAUGAAAGGUAUCAGAAACCCCGACCAUUCCAGAGCACUAAUUAAAGAAAAACUAACUGCUGACCCUGAUAGUGAGAUUGCCACAACCAGCCUGCGGGUAUCUCUGAUGUGUCCUCUGGGGAAAAUGAGACUGACAAUCCCGUGCCGGGCUGUUACUUGCACGCACCUGCAGUGUUUUGAUGCUGCUCUUUAUCUUCAAAUGAAUGAAAAGAAGCCUACCUGGAUUUGUCCGGUCUGUGAUAAAAAGGCAGCUUAUGAGAGCCUGAUAUUAGAUGGGCUUUUUAUGGAGAUUUUAAAUGACUGUUCAGAUGUGGAUGAGAUUAAAUUCCAAGAAGAUGGUUCCUGGUGUCCUAUGAGGCCUAAGAAAGAAGCUGUGAAAGUCUCCAGCCCACAGUGCACCAAAAUUGAAAGUUCCAGUGUUGUUAGCAAACCAUGUGCUGUGACAGUGGCCAGUGAAGUAAACAAGAAGAAAGUUGAUGUUAUUGACUUGACAAUAGAAAGCUCCUCCGAUGAAGAGGAAGAUCCUCCUGCCAAAAGGAAGUGCAUAUUUAUGUCUGAAACACAAGGAAGCCCAACCAAAGGGGUUCUCAUGUAUCAGCCAUCGACUGUAAGAGUGCCCGGUGCGACAACGGUUGAUGCUGCUGCUAUUCCUCCUUCAUUAACAGACUACCCAGUACCAUUUCAUCAUCCACCAAUAUCCAGUAUUUCAUCGGACUUGCCAGGUCUGGAUUUUCUUUCACUAAUCCCAGUUGAUUCACAGUACUGUCCUCCUAUGUUUUUGGAUAGUCUCACCUCAACCUUAACAAGCAGCUCGCCUGGCAGCAUCAUCACCUCCACCAGUCACCACGAGAGCAGCACUCACGUUAGCUCCUCGAGCAGGAGCGAGACCGGAGUCAUAACCAGCAGCGGAGGCAGUGCUCCCGACAUCAUCUCUCUGGACUGAAACACG